UCCCCGUUUGGUCGUCACUCUCUCGGCAGUUCGACGCCGGUCGCGCACUCAGCAUGGCUUGAUGCCGUUGGAUAUUUAUCCCAUAAACCUGAAUCCAACUUGUGUGUUUAAUAAUCAUACCAACAACAAUCCACCUUUACGUGUACACACUUUGUCUGUAUACUUAUUUUUCUACUUACUCGCUACGCUCCUAGUAUACCUAAAUAAUAAAAAGUGAUACUGCUGAGUGAGUCUGGAGCUAUUUAAACUGACAUGGACCUGUGUUAUGUGUACUUAGUAACGUCAAAUGCCCAGUGAGACUUAACCUCAAACAAAAAAACUUAAGUUUUGUAUGUACAUACAGGGUACUUUUAUUUACAUACAACUUUAUUCUUUAUUUAGAUUUUUUUUUUCAUUGUUAAUGUAAUGUGAGUAAUAAAUUCAAAAAAUUGUUAUUAAUGCACCCGAUGUAUGUAUGUUUUGACAUUUAAAAUAGUGCGCUACGUACUUUAAAAUAAUACACAAACGCCCACAUGUUUGCUUUUGGAGCAGCAGCAUCAUCAAGUGCAUCGACAAUACUUACUCCGAAAAAAUAGUUUUCAUUUUUUUAGUGUGAUAAGUUAUGAGACAAAACACUUCAAGUACAGUAGUAGGAGUCUAUGUACAUAUAUGUACUCGAUUAAUGAUGUGUGGUGCUCAAUAGCUCUUUACGACUUUGUUUCCAUUAUUUUAAAACACUUGUCGUAUCACAGUGACACAAAAUUAUAUCGAUUUUGUUUGAAAAUGUCAAUGUGACGGAAGCAUAAGACAAAACAUCCAACAGACUACUUUAUGUUAUGGAAGAAGCGAGGUGUUGUGCAAUUACACAGAGAAUCAAUCUGCGGUGUUCGCACCGCCGUCGAACGUUGUAAAAAAAAGAAAGAUACGACUCUGAGAAAGUAUUGUAGUACUACUACAUUGAGUUUAAUUGACAAGCAACACAGUAGUGAUAGCACAACUAGUGGCCAAGGGGUAGUAGUGCCACCACAAAUAAAAGUUACGACAGGGUAUCGUAGUGGUACGUUUAAAUUUACGACUGGACAACUGGACCAUCGCGGUGCUGUUACUAUCACUACUGCUGCUUCUACUAGUGGUGGGGACGUAGGUGUUGGUGAGGGUGAAGGUGAGGGUGAGGGUGGCGGUGGUAGUUGGAAGUACAUUGGAGUGUACCCCUUGUGCAAGUACCGGUAACGGAUGGCCAUAUACCCCAUUCGAUAUCGCAAGCCACUGAAAUCCCCAAGUGGCCGCUGCCUCGCGUGACAUUUCAAUAAAAUUUAUUUUCCCACUUUUACUCAAGUCUAUGUUAUUCUCAUGAUAUUUAUUAUCCAAAGAAUUAUUGAAAAAAUAAAUGAUAAAUAAAUAGUUGUAAAAUUGUAUCUUUAUCUAUUAGAUAAUGAAUUUUUCAAUGACUUGAAGUGUCUAAAAAAAUAUCAAGUAGCAUAGCAUUAAAAAAUUAAUCUGGGAAAUUGAGGCCAGAUGGGUUAGAAAAUUUUUUUUAAACUGCAAAAUGGCGGUCGUGACAUCGCGACCGCGAGAAAAUUUAAUUGAAACAUUGAGAAGGAUAAUUACUAUCGAUAUGAGAUGAAAAAAAAUUUUAUUUUUCACAAAUGAAACUGAAGACUAGAAGAAAAUCAAUUGUCUAAAUUGAACUAGUAUUUUUUAAAUUAUUUUUAUUUAUAUUUUUUUUAUUUAAAUUUUUUCGAGUUGAUUUUUUUGUACACUUUAUUUACGCUCGAGAGAACUAGUAGAAGUAGCAACGAGGAUGUCAGGGUCGAGUGGUUGUCAGCAGUCGUUUAAAAGUGCCAUUAGUUUCAUGGAUCAUUGAAGUCACUGAUGCAAAAUAGUUAGUUUACAAAGUAGACAACUCUCGAGUUUUGACUGCAUUGUGUUGUAUUGUAUAGUAUACAUAUGUAUAUUGGAAUACAUAUAUAGAUCUAAUUGUAUCACACGGCUGAAAGUCCAAUAGAAGACUCCUGAGUAGACCGUCUGUAUCAGAGAGAAAAGUGAUAUCCAAGACUACUACAAAGACUACAUUAUAUGAUAGCAGGAUGAAGAUAUCCGGGGUGGAAGCAAGUGUGCCAUUACUCGGUGCAAUGGCUCCUAGGUGUAUUGUCAAACAGGCCACUGUUAAACGUUGCGUUGCCGCACUUCUCCUUGUAUCGGUAGCCAGCAUUUUUUACUACACUCAUUAUGUUAUCAGCACUCCAUUGUCCAGCUUGAUCCAUCGAGAUACCAGACCUGAACCAGCGAUACGAUGUUCAACCCUGAGGGGUGCUACGAGGCUACCAGCGGCUCCAGAUCAUCGCAGCGAAGCAAGAUUGAGGAUCGACCCAAAGGUUCUAGUCUUUGUCGAGACUCUGUACUCAAGGGUGGGUCGAGAGAUCGCCGAGUUGCUCGUUUACAAUCGGAUUAAAUACAAAGUAGAAGUAGCGGGUAAAUCAUUGCCGGUACUGACAAACCUCGACAAAGGUAGAUACGGUGUGCUGGUAUUCGAAAAUCUCAACAAGUAUCUUCAAAUGGACAAGUGGAAUCGUGAGUUACUCGAUAAAUAUUGUCGUGAAUACUCGGUUGGAAUUGUUGGAUUCGCACCACCUGGUGAGGAGAGUCUCGUUGGCGCCCAAUUGAAAGGAUUCCCAUUAUUUAUACACACGAAUUUACGUCUCAAGGAUGCUCAGUUAAACGCAGCCUCACCCAUCUUGAGGUUGACCAGAUCCGGCGAGACUGCCUGGGGGCCUUUACCCGGUGGUGACUGGACCAUUUUUCAACCAAACGACAGCACGUACGAGCCACUAGCCUGGGCAUACCGAGACAGUCUCGACUAUACUAAUCAAAAAACUCCUCUUGCUACUGUGAUACAGGAUCACGGAAGAUACGACGGUAUACAACGAGUAUUUUUUGGAAGCGGCCUACGUUUUUGGCUGCACAAAUUGUUGCUACUGGAUUCCCUUUCGUAUUUAUCGCACGGACAAUUGAGUCUCAGUCUUAACCGUAUGAUACUGGUGGACGUGGAUGAUAUAUUUGUGGGUGAAAAAGGCACGCGACUAAAGAAGGAUGACGUUCUUGCGCUUUUGGCAACACAACAAAGGAUUCAAGCACUUGUACCAGGGUUUAAAUUUAACUUGGGGUUUUCCGGCAAGUAUUUUCAUCACGGAACGUCCGAGGAGAAUCUUGGGGACGAUAUGCUGCUGGAGAACGUCGACAGAUUUUCGUGGUUUUCACACAUGUGGAAUCACCAACAGCCACAUCUUUACGAGAAUGUAACACAUCUGCAAUUGGAUAUGGGUCUGAAUAAACAAUUUGCCAAGGAACACGGUAUACCAACAGUAAGCGGUUACAGUGUCAGUCCUCAUCACUCAGGAGUUUAUCCGGUACACGAGGGACUAUAUGAAGCUUGGAAGAGAGUUUGGAACAUCAAAGUCACGAGUACUGAGGAGUAUCCACACCUGAGACCUGCUCGACUUAGGCGUGGCUUCAUUCAUCGCAAUAUUAUGGUUUUGCCACGACAAACUUGCGGGCUCUUUACUCAUACAAUUUUCAUUGAAAGAUAUCCCGGUGGAAGAGACAAAUUGGAUGAGUCUAUACAAGGAGGUGAAUUAUUUCAGACCAUUGUUUACAAUCCAAUAAACAUCUUCAUGACGCACAUGUCCAAUUACGGUAAUGAUCGUCUGGCUCUUUAUACAUUUGAAUCGGUCAUUAAAUUCAUCCAGUGCUGGACAAAUCUACGGCUCUCGAGUGCCCCACCGCUCCAAUUAGGAGAACGCUAUUUCCAAUUAUACCCCGAAGAGGCGGAUCCCGUUUGGGGAAAUCCGUGUGAUGACCAACGGCACCAAAAAAUAUGGUCUAAGAAUAAAACCUGCGAUCAAUUACCGAGAUUUCUCGUUAUCGGGCCACAAAAAACUGGUACAACAGCUCUGUACACGUUUCUUUCAAUUCAUCCAGCAAUAAGUAGCAAUUUACCGAGUCCGGAUACUUUUGAAGAAAUCCAAUUCUUCAAUGGAAAAAAUUAUUAUAAAGGACUCGAUUGGUACAUGAGUUUUUUCCCUGCCUCAAAGAACGAAAGCUCUCGUUAUUUAUUCGAGAAAUCUGCGACGUAUUUCGACGGGGAAUUGGUACCGCGACGUGCUCAUGCACUUCUACCAAAAGCUAAACUCGUCACAAUAUUAUUGUCACCAGCACGACGAGCGUACUCGUGGUAUCAGCACACACGCGCUCACGGUGAUCCGGUAGCAAACAACUACAGUUUUCAUGCAGUGAUAACAGCAAGUGACACUGCACCAAAACCACUGCGUGAUCUUCGCAAUAGAUGCUUAAAUCCCGGUAAAUAUGCACAGCAUUUAGAACGGUGGUUGUCAUACUACUUGCCUCAACAAUUACAUAUUAUCGACGGGGAACAAUUGCGUCAAAAUCCCGUUGAAACACUACACGAAUUGCAGAGAUUUUUAAAAAUAACACCAGCAUUUAAUUACUCAACUCACUUGAGAUAUGACCCGAAAAAAGGAUUCUUUUGUCAAGUCACUAAUGAAGAUCAUACAAAGUGUCUCGGUAAAAGUAAAGGUCGUCAGUAUCCCCCAAUGGAGGACAGGUCAUACAAACUGUUGCAGAGGUAUUAUCUAUCUCACAAUACAGCAUUAGUUAAGCUGCUUAAACGACUCGGCUCAAGAACUAUACCCCAGUGGUUAAAGGACGAUCUCACAGACACUGUGAUGACCUAGCAAACGUCAACCUCUGAUUACUCAUGGUUUACUUUACCCUCUAUUUCUGAGACUUUUAAUUUUAUUACCCGGUGAUAAUAAAUUAAUAAACGAUUUUUAUCAUUCAUUUAUGUCAUUAUUAUAAUUAUUAGAAAAUUAAUUAUAUGUAUAUUAAUUAUAUUUUAAUCUAUUGGUUGAUUAAAGCGCCGGGAAUAAUGAUGGGUUGAUGUGUUUAUUAAAAUACUGUUGGCAUAUCUGAACCAUCAGGUAAAUCAUUAAAUCUCAUGUGUUUCGACAUGUUGGUCAAUAACCUAGUCAGUAAAACGGUGACUGAAUCAGUAAAUAAUCUACCUUUAUAUGUAUGUCAAUAUUCGUUAAAUAAUUCAUUUUUAUCACGUGAUUUGUAUCAUGAUGGUAAUGAAUAGACGUUCAAGUUAUUGCGAUCUAUGCUGUUUAUUUGACAUCCAUCGCAAGUGCCAUUUUGAAUUUUUUUUUUUCUUAUUUGUAAUUACUCUUUUUUUUACCCGACUGUUGAAACUAAAAUGUCAAUUUUUUUUACUCACCUCAAGAGAUUUAAAUAAAAAUAAUUGUAUAAAAAUAAGAUAGCUAAUUAUAAUUAAAUUGUAUAAAAAAAAUUUUCAAUUUAAAUUGCUGCUAAUAAAAUAAAAUCAUGUUAUUAGGAUGUAUAUUAUUGGCUCUGCAAUGUAUCAAAUGAAUUUAUAAAUGUGCUAAUUUUUUUUGUACAUUCUCAUUGAUGUUAAUUUACUCGAUCAUUGUCGUAGGUAGGCAUAAUUAUAAUUAUUAUUGCUGCAGCUAUUAUUAUCUAUGCAAAUGUUUUUAAAAUAAUAAGAAUGCAAUUGUGUAUAUUUUGACAUUAUUGAUAAAUAUGACAUUGAAUGGAAACAACUGCGGGUAUUACCGCUUAUGUAAAUUAUUAUAAUGUGAAUAAUAAUUCCAUGUCAAUAUUAAUGUCUAUCAAAUUGUUAUAAUGUUUUUUAUGUGACGGAAUGGUCGUUUAUAAAUUGAAUAAUUAUUAAUUUUGGAAUAUUGACAUCAAUAUGUCGAAGCUAUUGUUUUUUGUUCAUAAGUAAUUUAAAUAUAAAUAUAUAUUAAAUAGAAUAAAUAAAUAAAUAAAUUUUGUUGAAAAGAUAAUUUUCAACGAUUUAAAAACGUCCAUUGUACAGUCCAAAGAUAAGAUUUGUUUUGUGUUCAAUUUUAAAAACUCCAUUUACUUUCAUAGAAAAUUUAAUCAUGUUUAAAAUACUAAUGAGAUUUGCGAAUUAAGUUGUGAAUUUAAGUCAGUAUUUUACACAGAAAAAAAAAAUUUCUUGGUACAAGAAAUUUUUUUCUCACUACGAAAAAUUUUUUCUUGUCUUAAGAAAAUUUUUGUCUUCAAUUCAAAAUACAAAAAAUUUCUUAGGGCAAGUAAAAAUUUUUUCGAAGCGACUAAAAAUAUGACUCUGAAGUUAACCGACGUCUAAUAAUUUUUGGAUUUUUUUUUUUUCAACAAAUCAAUUGCAAAAAAAAAAAACUAAAAAUAUGCACUUGUAGAAAGUUUAAAAAACUAUAAGUGCAAUUUAUUGAGAUAUGUUUUUUUUUUAAUUUAUUAUUUUUAAAAACAUUUAGAAAUUAUUAGACGUCGGCUAAUUUCAGUAUUGUAGUAAAAAUUAUUUGCGUCAAGAAUUCCUAUUAUUCUGUGUAAUUAAAUUCUGCCAUAUAGACAUUCUAAUAAUAAUUAUCAUUAAAAAAAAUAAACAAUUAAUUAUAAUUGUUAUGUUUGUAAAUUUUUUUGAAAAUUUUUUUUAAUGAAUAUAUAUUUAUAAAAUAAAUGAAUAAGUAUCCAUAUAAAUGAAGAAAAAGUUAAGAUUAAAAAAAAAUGUUUAAUGAUUGUACAAAGUUUAAUGUUGUCGAGGGUAAAUUUUUUUUUAAAUUUACCCCGUCAAUUGUGCCAUUUAAAUCAGUGUUGUAAAUAUUAUAAAUAUACAUCAUACGUUAAUAUAAAUAUAUGUAUAUUAAUUAUAAUUAUAUAUUGAUAAGUCUCUUGUAUUCAACCCUCGAGAAUCGUUUGUUAAACAUCAUGACUUUUAAAUUAUUGAUCAUUCAUUUAAAUCUAUAAUUAUGUUAAUGAAAAAUCAUUUUAAUUAAUUAAUAAAUCAAUUAAUUUGUUAAUUAAUGAUAUCAAGAAAAUAUAAAUUGCACGCUCGCUAGAUAACAAAUAAAAAAUCCAUAAGCUUCGUUACCUGACAAUAAAAUCAACUGCAUUUAGUGCAAUUAAUCAAAACAAAAAAUGUAUUUCUAAUAUUUUUUUAAUUUAACAGAAAAAAUUAUAAUAUUUUAUUUGCUAAAGUUCCUGAUUAUUUAACUCACGAUACUCAAUUGUAAAAUACCGUCAUCAAAAUAAAAACGAAUAUGUGAGAGAAAUAAA